UCCCGCAGUAUUGGACUCGUCCACAUUGUUUCCCCCAUUUGUAACAAAGCAAGGUUGUUCAUAUAUGUAGUGGAGUGCCAUUCCAUCACCGAAACCAUUUGCACGGAGCGAAAAUGCUGGCAACCGGUGUUAUUUUUGCUGGAUUGAUUUUGGCCGUCCAUUGCGGCGUCGAAUUGGACCCACCAUGCGUGGAAGCUGAUGGAAUAUUUGGCGACAUCUACGACUGUACCAAGUACGUGGUGUGUGUUGGGGGUAAGGUCAGCCUGGUCCUGCAGUGUCCUCACUACAAGAAAUGGGACAGAUGGGACGCCCAGUGCGUGGUGCCAGAGAAGGCCGAUUGCAGCAGACCAUACUAUGACACUGCGGCUUACAAGAAGGAGCACGUCUGUUACGACGGCGAGGAGGCCGACCCCGAAAACUGCGCCGGAUUCCUGAUCUGCCGCUGGAACGUUCUUGCCCGCAUGACCUGCCCUGGUAACCUGCUGUGGGACGACUACAAGAAGAGCUGUGAGAGCCCAGAUGAGGUCCAAUGUGGCGCCAGACCAGUGCUUAGAAAUGAAGUUUGCCCCCAUCCAUCCGGCGAUUACGAGGAGCCUGCAGGCUGCAGCCAGUAUCUGACCUGUAAGAAUUACCUCGUCUACAGAUACCGUCCAUGUCCCAAAGGUCUGGUCUACAAUGACUACGCCAAGGCUUGCGACUGGCCACGCAACGUCCAGUGUGGCUACCGCCCUCUCUACUCGGACAAGAUCGACCACGUCUUCCACUAAGUGUAGAUUGUUCAAAGUAUUGUCACCCAUUGCGGUGGCGAAGAUAACACUCAGUGAUUGCAGUAGAGAAGACAGGUUGUGAACUCUGCUUCACUGAUUGUGUUAGCUGCGCAGACAGUGCAUUCAAACCAGUGUGCACACCUUGGUUGAUUCCGUACUGUCAUUCACCGAACGAGCAAAGUGAACGGAAUCACCCGAAGUUUGUCAAGCUGGGUUUAGACUUGAUUUUAAAAUGGAUUUGAGUUUAAGAAUUUAUAGAAUGAAUAAAAAAAGUACGUAGGUA